ACCAAGUCGCCAACGUGCCGGUCAACUAAAAGAACUUUGCAACAAACCAAGAGAUACAAAUCCAGACAGUCGGAAAAAAAAAAUCUUUUCCAUGGCGGCUUCCUCCACCUCCACAGUACCUCCGCAACACCAAGUCUUCAUCAAUUUCCGGGGGAAGGAUUUGCGCAAUGGAUUCGUCAGCCAUCUCGUUGAAGCGUUAAUUAGGAAUAAGAUCAAUGUAUUUAUGGACAAAUUUGAAGACAGAGGUAAAUCGUUAGAAUCCCUUUUAACGCGGAUAGAAGAGUCGAGAAUCGCUCUAGCUAUCUUCUCAGAGAACUAUACUGAAUCAGACUGGUGCGUGAAAGAGGCGGAUAAGAUGAACGAUUGCAUGAAGGAAGGUACACUGGUGGUGAUUCCCAUCUUCUACAAGGUGAAACCAUCUACCGUAAGAGAUUUGGAAGGACGUUUCGGUAAUAAAUUCUGGAGUCUUGUGAAGGGUGAUGAGAGGAAGAAGAAGUGGGAGGAAGUUUGGAAGUCGAUUCCUAAUCUAUUCGGCAUUACUGUGGACGAGAAAAGCGACGAGAACCGGACAGUUAAUGAAAUUGUGGUGGCGGUUUCGAAUGUUCUAUCCAAAAUUCCUUGGGUGGUAAGCCAAAACACCUCUGUGGACCCUUCAGGAGAUAGAGACGCUGGAACUUCCUCACCAAGAGACGAACGACGCCUAGAGGAAUUGGAAGAGAAGCUGGAUUUUGAAGACGAUAGUCGAACUCGUAUCAUUGGAGUUUUUGGGAUGCCUGGAAUUGGUAAAACCACACUCUUAAAAGAGCUCUUUAAGAAGUGGAAGCCUAAGUUCAUUAGGCAUUCGUUAGUUGAUCAAAUCCGUCGAAAGUCAGAAGACUCCAGUGUUUGUUUACCCACAACUCUCUUAGGAGAGUUGCUGACGUCGUUGGCAGAUCCCCGGAUUGACAAUGAUGAAGACCCAUACAACAUGUACAAGGAUGAGCUGCUCAAACGCAAAGUUCUUGUCAUUCUUGACGAUGUUAGUACAAGGAAACAAAUAGAUGCUCUUCUCGGGAGACUUGACUGGAUUAAGAAAGGAAGCAAGAUUGUCAUUGCAACAAGUGACAUGUCAUUAACAAAUGGUCUGGUUGAUGAUACUUACAUGGUCCAAAAAUUGAACCACAGAGACAGCUUACAAGUUUUUCACUAUCAUGCUUCUGUUGAUAAAUCCAAGGAUGAUUUCAUGAAGCUGUCGGAAGAGUUUGUACAUUACUCCAGAGGCCACUCACUAGCUCUCAAAGUAUUGGGUGGAGAUCUUAAGAAGCAAAAUAUAGAUUAUUGGAAUGACAAACUGAAGACACUCACACAAAGUCCCAUCCCUCGACGCGUCUUCAAAGUAAGUUAUGAUGAAUUGAGUUCAGAGCAAAAAGAUGCAUUUCUAGACAUAGCCUGCUUCAGAUCGCAUGAUGUAGAAUAUAUAGAAAGUCUAUUGGCUUCAUCUACGGGAGCAGUAGAAGCCCUUUCCGAUAUGUGCCUGAUUAAUACUUGUGACGGUCGAGUGGAGAUGCAUGAUCUUCUGUAUACAUUGUCUAGGGAACUUGAUCCUAAAGCAUCCACUCAAAUUGGUGGUAGCAAACAACGGAGGCUGUGGCUCCAUCAAGACAUUAUCAAGGAAGGCACAAUUAAUGUUCUGAAGAAUAAACUGGUGAGACCUAAGGAUGUGAGAGGAAUUUUCCUAGACUUGUCUGAAGUGGAAGGCGAAAUAUGCUUAGAUUGCGACCACUUCGAAGAUAUGUGUAAUCUUCGGUACCUCAAGUUCUACAAUUCUCAUUGUCCCCAGGAAUGUAAAACUACCAAUAAGAUAAACACCCCUGAAGGAGUUAAGUUACCAUUGAAAAAGGUUCGAUGCCUCCACUGGCUAGAAUUCCCGUUGGAAGAAUUUCCAAACGAUUUUGACCCGAUUAAUCUCGUUGACCUUAAGCUGCCUCGCAGCAAGAUUAAACAACUCUGGGAGGGUGACAAGGAUACACCAUUCUUAAAGUGGGUCGAUCUCCAGCACUCAAGUAAGUUGUGCAGCUUGUCAGGGUUAUUAAAGGCUGAAAAGCUUCAAAGAUUGAACCUUGAAGGUUGCACAACACUGAAAACGUUGCCACAUGAUAUGCACAAAAUGAAAGUGCUUAGUUUCCUGAAUCUGAAAGGGUGCACAAGUCUCGAAUUUCUUCCAGAGAUGAAUUUGGUUUCUCUGAAAACACUUACUCUCAGCGGCUGCUCAAGUUUUAAAGAUUUUCCGUUGAUUUCAGAUAAUAUAGAAACACUAUACUUAGAUGGCACAGAAAUAAGUCAGCUUCCUACGAACAUGGAGAAGCUCCAGAGCCUUGUGGUAUUGAAUAUGAAAGACUGCAAAAUGCUGGAGGAAAUCCCAGGUCGUGUUAAUGAGCUGAAAGCUCUUCAAGAACUGAUACUCUCUGAUUGUUUCAACCUAAAGAAUUUCCCUGAAAUCAACAUGAGCUCUUUAAACAUUUUACUUUUGGAUGGGACAGCCGUAGAAGUGAUGCCACAAUUACCCUCAGUGCAGUAUUUGAGCUUAAGCAGAAAUACGAAGAUCAGCUGCCUUCCUAUUGGAAUCAGUCACCUUUCUCAACUAAAAUGGCUGAACCUGAAGUAUUGUACGAAGCUUACAUCUGUUCCAGAGUUUCCACCAAAUCUUCAGUGCUUAGAUGCACACGGCUGUAGUUUGCUGAAGACGGUUUCAAAGCCUUUGGCCCGUAUCAUGCCAACCGAACAGAAUCAUUCCACAUUCAUUUUCACCAACUGUCAGAACCUGGAACAAGCUGCAAAGGAGGAAAUCACAUCGUAUGCUCAAAGGAAAUGCCAGCUGUUAUCAUAUGCUCGGAAACGCUACAAUGGGGGUCUUGUUUCAGAGUCUUUGUUCAGCACUUGCUUUCCUGGAUGUGAAGUGCCUUCUUGGUUUUGUCAUGAAACAGUUGGAUCUGAGUUAAAAGUAAAACUCCUCCCACAUUGGCAUGACAAGAAGCUUGCCGGGAUUGCUCUAUGUGCUGUAGUCUCAUGUUUUGAACACCAAGAUCAAAUCAGUCGAUUUUCAGUGACAUGCACCUUUAAGGUUGAAGACAAGUCUUGGAUCCCAUUUACUUUUCCAGUAGGAAGUUGGACCAGACAUGAAGACGGAAAAGUGACCAGACAUGAAGACGAAAAAGACAAGAUUGAGUCAGACCAUGUGUUUAUUGGUUACACCAGUUACCCACAUACUAUAAAGUGUCCUGAAGACGGUAACUCGGAUAAAUGCAAUUCUACCCAAGCCUCCCUUAAUUUUACUAUCACAGGUGCGAAUGAAAAGCUUAAGGUGUUGCAGUGUGGUUUCAGUCUGGUGUAUGCAAGGGAUAAGUACAAAAACAGUUCUCAUGAAGCAAAGUACGAUAUGCCAGUUGAAAAGAGCUUUCAAGAAACUUCAGAAGGGGUUUAUGGAAGAGUAAAGAAAAAGAAAAAAACAAGAAGGGAUAAUGGACGACCAAAGAAGAAGCAAAGAUCAGGAAGAGAUGAUAGGGCCUGUUCGGAACAUUGUCACUAGCGACAAUAGAUAGCGACCAAAGACUCUUAUGUAAGUAACUCGUUUGAAGGGAAGAUCGUGGAGAGUUUAACACCGACGUUGAUAUUGGAGACGCUGCGACUAACCAAAACGUCGCCGAUAAAACCAGCGACACCAUCAACAGCUUUAGAGUCAAAUAGAAGUCGCCAAAAAGGAUCGCUGAGUGUCGGUGGUGAGAAAGUGUCGCUGAAAAUUUUGGUCGCCGUCUUGAUCGCGCAACAAGAAAAAGAACAGGCUAUAAUCAAACUGAGAUGCAAAUGGAACUCCAAGAAGGAAAGAUAAAUUCAGUGGUCACGCACAUGGUUAAGAUCAAUUUCCAAGGGGGAGACAAAUCUGUUCAAAAUGAAUUCUUAAACAAAAACUCCAAGUCGUGAUGAAGAAAUCCAGCAUGACUAAAGAUGUGAGUCAACUCAAAAUCCUGGAAAUUUUAGAGGAGAAAACGCAGAUUUUAUUUUUCUUUAGAUUCAUUGUUCACGGGACGUCCUGUCAAGUUUUAGAGCAGAAAGGUAAUAUUUUAUGAGAGACUUUACUUAGCUGUUUCUGGCUCUUGUUUGGUUAUCUUUCAGGUAUGACUCUACACUCUAGUAUUUAAGCUCUUUGUAAGACUCUUUUUUCAGUUGAAUGAAGACAAUCUUUUUCAUAA